GUUUCGUGCGCUAUGCUCAUCCGAUAACCUGCCAAUGCCAAUGCCAGCUGAUGCCACGAUGCAAGUUGACGCUUGAUUGUUCGUCGAGAUUCGGCUCCGACCUAUCUGACCUGGAUUUCCUUUUUCGAGCUACGUAAAGACGCAUCAAUUCCGGCAAAAUGGUGGAAAUCGAGUCGAUGACGAGAUACGUCUCGCCAGUGAACCCAGCUGUCUUUCCCCUGCUGGCUGUUGUGCUGCUAGGUAUCGGAGUGUUCUUCACGGCCUGGUUCUUCGUGUACGAGGUCACCAGCACUAAAUUCACGCGAGAUAUAUGCAAAGAGGCGUUAAUCUCCCUGGUUGCGGCCUUGUUCUCUAGCUUUGGAGUACUAUUCCUGCUGCUCUGGGUUGGGAUAUACGUAUAGAUAUCGUGUCGAUAAGGUGUUAAAAUUUUUACUGAGGAAAUAUUCGUAAUUGUUAAAAAUAAAAAAUUGUACAUAAUAUGAAA